GCAGAGCGCGCGCGGAAUUCAGCCCUUCCUGACACAGCUCGACUACAACCAGCGCAUCCGAGGACGGCUGAGCGCCGUCCGGACUCUUGUCUGUGUGUUUCUCUCUCUCUUCACAUUUCAUAAUAAAACUCACUGAUACAAAGAUAGACUCGCACUGCUGGAUUCACCGCACGUUGCUCGUUCUUGGACUCCGCUGUCAGUGUCAAGAAGGAAGAUGGUGUAUAUGGAAAGCUGAUCUGAGGAUCUGAAACUCUGUUUCCAGGGUGAUGAGCUGUGCUCUUUGAAAAUAUUAAAUAUUAUGGGCUGUGCUUGCUGUAAGCAGAGGAAGGCCAGUAAAGCUUCCGCAGUGUCGAAUGCCAACUCAUGUGACACAGGGAAUGGGACCCCGGGUUGGGAAAGCACCCGAUACAUUGCGGACCCCACUAGUAACUCAGGGCAAGGGCUGAUCCCAAACUUCAAUGAUUUUCCAAACACAAUCUCCCCUUGCCUAUUAUCCAAUCUUAAUCAGACCCGCCCAGCUGGACUCACAGGCGGGGGUGUAACACUCUUUAUAGCACUCUAUGACUAUGAUGCUCGUACAGAGGAUGACCUGAGUUUCCAGAAAGGAGAGAAGUUCCAUAUUAUCAACAAUACUGAAGGUGACUGGUGGGAGGCCCGGUCUCUCGACACAGGGAAGUCUGGGUACAUUCCCAGUAACUAUGUGGCCCCUGUGGACUCCAUACAAGCUGAAGAGUGGUAUUUUGGCAAGUUGGGUCGGAAGGAUGCAGAGCGACAGUUGUUAGCCCAAAACAAUCCUAGAGGAACAUUCUUAAUUCGAGAGAGUGAGACAACGAAAGGAGCGUACUCUCUAUCCAUUCGAGACUUGGACGAGACGAAGGGUGAUCAUGUCAAGCACUAUAAGAUACGGAAGCUGGAUAAUGGUGGAUAUUACAUAACAACAAGGACGCAGUUUGACACCGUACAACAGCUGGUGGAGCAUUACACAGAGCGUGCAGCAGGACUGUGCUGCCGUUUGAUUGGCAGCUGUAGGCGGGGCAUGCCUAAGUUGGCUGACCUGUCAGUGAAGACUAAGGAUGUUUGGGAGAUUCCCAGGGAGUCACUGCAGCUCAUUAAGAAACUGGGCAAUGGCCAGUUUGGUGAAGUGUGGAUGGGCAUGUGGAAUGGCACAACUAAAGUUGCAGUAAAGACUUUAAAGCCAGGCACCAUGUCUCCAGAGGCCUUCCUGGAUGAGGCCCAGAUCAUGAAGAGGCUCCGUCAUGAUAAACUGGUCCAGCUGUAUGCUGUGGUGUCUGAGGAGCCCAUCUACAUAAUCACUGAGUUCAUGAGUCAAGGAAGCUUUUUGGACUUUCUGAAAGAUGGAGAGGGCAGGAAUUUGAAGUUGCCUCAACUUGUAGAUAUGGCAGCACAGAUUGCUGCAGGUAUGGCCUAUAUUGAACGAAUGAACUACAUCCACAGAGACUUGCGAGCUGCCAAUAUCCUGGUUGGAGAUGGUCUGGUCUGUAAGAUUGCAGACUUUGGGUUGGCUAGACUCAUUGAGGACAAUGAGUACACAGCUAGACAAGGAGCAAAGUUUCCGAUAAAGUGGACCGCUCCAGAGGCUGCCCUUUAUGGCAAAUUUACCAUCAAAUCAGAUGUGUGGUCUUUUGGUAUCCUGUUGACUGAACUCAUCACCAAGGGCAGAGUGCCUUACCCAGGGAUGAACAACAGAGAGGUUCUGGAGCAGGUGGAGCGCGGUUAUCGUAUGCCAUGUCCGCAUGGCUGCCCGGCGUCUCUGCAUGAGUUGAUGCUGCAGUGCUGGAGGAAGGAUGCCGAUGAGAGGCACACAUUUGAGUACCUCCAGAGUUUCCUGGAGGACUACUUUACUGCUACUGAACCCCAAUACCAGCCUGGAGAGAACCUGUGAUAUAUAUGCAUAUACACGCUUAUUCGCAUUAGUUCAAUAUAUCCUUCAGGAAAGAUGCCUUUACUUUUUAUCACAAUACCACCAUAAACUGAUUUUGACUCAUGGCCCUCUUAAUCACAGGCUCGUACUGGAUAUGCUUUAGUGCAAUUUCACAUCAUGUGUUUCAGAUUGAGAGCUUUAAACUGAAAUGCUUUUAACACACUGAUAUCAAACAGCCAGGUAGGCUUGAUCCUCUGAAAUGUGAAGUUUAACUUCAAAUAUGACAGUGUAUUAUUGUAUUUUACUCAAUCUCUCUGAUUAAGCAAUAUUGAUUAUUUAACUACUUAAUCAAGAUACAGCAUAUCAAUACCUGCCUGUUUUACUAUAUACACCGCUACAAUGGAAUGUUCUUUCUCUUGUAGACUGUUUGAGUCAUUUCUAAUGAGUAUUGAAGAGUUAUUCUAGUGAACUGGAAAUUUUGCUCUGAGAUUGAACAGAAUAACUUGACUAGACAUUCUACAAUAACCUGGAUAACUAAGAUAUUUCACACAUAUUUCUGAUGGGUGGUAUGUUAUAAGAUGAAUGUCAGCAAAUCUGCACUUCAGUCACAAAGAAGGCUCUUCCUCCUGAAUAUCACUGCCACAACAUCCUAUUAGCUACUUUACAAUCACAUGUGAUUCAGCUGCUGAAUGUGUAUAUUUUUUUCUGCAAUGCAAAUAGACAAAAAUGAAACUGAAUGCAAGGAUAAUAGCAGGGCCUUUGGAAGUCAAGUUUUUGAACCUUUCCAGUGUGAUUGUGUCCAUCAGAUAUGGACUAAAUCUUGAAAUGACAGAGGUGAUGUCUAUGUGCAUGCAUAUGAAGGACCAAAGCAUCAGAAAAUGUAUUUGAGCUUUUCUCUAUAUUUGUUUCUCAGGACUCAGUUUCUUUUGCCAAUCAUGUAAUUGCUUUAUAAUAAUCCUUUUGUCUAUUUUUGAAGCUUAAAGUCUUUUAAUUGUAUCAUUAUUGGUCGGGAUCUACUAUAAAGGAGCGUUGUUGUAAAAUAAUGGACUUUAUUGUGGGUGGCUUUAAAGGGAUAGUUUACCCAAAAAUGAAAAUUCUCUCAUUAUUUAGUCGCCCUCAUGUGUGUGACUUUCUUUCUUCUGCUGAACACAAAUGAAGAUUUUAAGAAGAAUAUCUAAUUUCUGUUGGCACUCACAAUGCAAGUGAAUGGAAACCAAACUUUUGAUGCUACAAAUUUCAGAUAAAGGCAGCAUAAAAGUAGAUCCUAAGUGGUUAAAUCUAUAUCUUCAGAAACAUUAUGAUAGGUGUGAGAAACAGAUAAAUAUUGUUAUCCUUUUUUACUAUAAAUUCUUCUUCCUGGACAGUAGGUAAAUGAUGGGAGAAUUUUCAUUUUGGAUGAACUAUCCCUUUAAAGGUGAAUCUCACUAAACAUGUCAAGAAUAUGGCCAGGUCAUAUUUCAUCCCAAACUCAAAAGAAAUAAAAAAGAAGUUACAUUUCCUUAAAGAAAAUGAAGCAUAUAUUAGGACCAUAGAGAUUUUUGCAUUGCUGCAUUAUUUUCAUGACAACCAACCAACCCCCCUCCCCCAUUUUUAUUUUGUAAAUCAAAAUAAUAAUAAUAAUGAUACUUUAAUAAAAAAAAAUCACCAUUGAGAAUAGUAAUAAAAAAAAAAAAAUAGCAUGGUAAAUUAAAAGAUAAAAUGUCCAGACAUAUUAAAGUUGUGCGAAUUGGUUAGGAAAUGUGCUUUUGUCUUUUUAUUAUUUUUUAUUUAUUUCUUUAUUCAAUUUUAUCAUGAAGAUUUAUCCGAAGAUGUAUUCGUUUUUGUGGGGGAUUCACAUUGAAAGAAGGACUUUGAGACAGUAUUGAUACUGGCAUUCAAGAAUUAGUACAGGCAUAGCUUACUUCAUACGUACCCUUUAUAAAUACAAGGAAAAGCUUCAGUUUUUUUUGUUUAUUAUUGUUUAGUUUCCUGCAUUUUUACACUGUAUUUUACAUCUCGUCAUAUCUCAUUGAUUUGGUUUUAAUUUAAAUGGACAUUAAAACCUGUGCCUAUUCAGGAUCAGUGACAUUCUGCAGAGAUAGACUGUAACCCUGAACUGAAUGUGAGUAGAUUAUUACAGUUAUUAAAUGUUUGUGCCAUUUUAUUAUACUGAGGUUACUGAACUGAACACAUGUGUGGAACUUGUUUAUUUUACUCAGCGCACACACAAAUUUUACAGGACAUGAGCACACUCACAUAGAUAAACAAACACAGAUACACAUCAAGGAGGACUGAGACAUACAAUCAGUCGGUCACAGCUUUGUUCUGCUCAAGUGUUUUGCUUGCUUUACUGAAAGUAUCCACGAGAUGGCAGAAGAACCAUAUUGGGAAUGGGGGAGACGGACAGGGUUUUUAGUAUGCUGUACUUGUUUUUUUUUAUUAAUUAUCGUGCUGGGGUUUGUAGUCAUGAUGGUACAUUCAGUAUCUGCACAGUGAUUGCACUUUGUUCUUUCUACAUAUUUGAGUUGUAUGUUUCUAAAUGAAGCAGUUUGUUGUGUAAUGCAUUUAUAUUUGGCUGCAGCAGCGUAGCUUGUUCCUUUGCAGCUUGUGAAUGUGUGUGCUGAUGAUUAUUCUUAAGCACAUAUGAGUAUUUGUUCCUGUUUUUAAAAAUCUGAUAUUGCAAGAUGUGACAAAUCACAUCGAGAGGAAUGCAUGUAGCGGUCAUUUACUGCUGUGUAGCUCAAUGUAUGCAGGUUAAUAUGGGCUGGUUUUGCAGCAUCAUUCAUUCUCACAACCUGUUUUUAGGUUUCUGGCUUAUCAA